CGUCCCGUUCUUUAGUAAAAAUAUGAGUCGAAAAUGGGAUCCACCAAAAUCUUCUCUAGACAAAGGAGUGGGUGGUUUGACCCUUGAUGACGUCAGUGAUGAUACCGUGGCAACAACAGCGCGAUACGUGUUCGAGGAAGGUCCCCAAACUGAACCCCUGGUUCCUCCCAUCUAUCACUCGUCAACGUAUAAACUCAAAAGUGUGGACGACUACCUAGAAAUACUUGAAAAAGGUGGUUACAUAUAUUCUCGCCUAAACAACUUUACAACAGAUAAUGUGCAGAGCGUGCUCAACAACAUCGAGAAAGGGGCGGGAACUCUUGUCUUUAACACAGGAAUGGCCAGUAUAACCACAGCUCUGUUUGGAUUCCUUAAGUCUGGAGACCACAUCGUAAUCAACAAUCCUUGCUACAGUGCCGUAUAUGACAUUGUUAAGAACAUAUUUCCAAGGUUCAAUAUCGAAGCGACGUUUGUGCCAGCAGGAUGUGACGUAGAUGAGUACCGGAAGCAUGUUAAGUCAAAUACCAGAAUGCUGUAUGGUGAAACUCCAUGUAACCCUACUAUGGCCAUUCUCGACCUAGAAGAGUUCGGGAAGCUUGGCAGAUCACUUACUAAUGUUAUCACAAUGGUCGACAGUACAUUUGCCAGUCCUUAUCUCCAGGGUUCAAUCCAACACGGAAUCGACAUUUCAAUGCAUAGCUGCACAAAGUACUUAGGCGGCCACAGUGAUUUAACGGCGGGAAGUUUGACUUUCAGAACGAAGCAGCUGUGGCAAGAAGCUAUACGAUACCAAACCACAUUCGGGAGUAGUUUGUCCCCACACGAUGCCAGUUUAUUGCUACGAGGCAUCAAGACACUUCCCAUACGAAUGGAACGCCACAGUUCAAACGGACAAAAAGUUGCUGAAUUCUUGGAGAAGCACACUAAGAUCAAUUGGGUCAUGUAUCCAGGUCUACCGUCACAUCCCCAGCAUGCUGUGGCCAAGAAACAAAUGAAGUUGUUCGGAGGGAUGAUGUCAUUUGAGGUCAAAGGUGGACUAGAGGGUGGCAGAACAUUAGUGGAAGGACUCCACGUGAUAAUACUGGCAGUGUCACUCGGGGGCGUGGAGAGUCUCAUAGAACAUCCGGGUACAAUGACACAUGGACCCAUGCUUAUGAAUGAUGAAGACAGGCGAAUUGGUGGAAUAUCUGACGGACUGGUGAGAUUAAGUGUUGGAUUGGAAGACCCGGACGAUUUGAUCAAAGAUUUACAGCAAGCUUUACAGAAAGUUUCAUGCUAGACCUGACAAAACAAAUAUAACCAUCGACCAUCAUGUCUGAUCUUGAAAGGAUUCGUUAUUAUCGGUCUUUCUAAUCCUUUUGAUUUCGUAAGGUAGAAAUAUAUUUGAUUGAAUGUUUAUUUAUGUAGCAUGAUCAACACACCUAUUCCAUUUGGAUUUUAUUGAUUAGCAAGUGAUAUCUUUGAAAUACUGGCCAAUAGGUAGAAACAUUAAAACACGUCCGAGAGGAUCUAGGGAUCUCCUAUACGUACGUCUCAUGUCCUACUUCUGCCAACGCCGAUUUUAUCUAUUUUAUUUACCUGUAGUUCCGUAAACCUUACAAUUAUCCUAAAAUGAUUAAAAUUAACUUUAUUUAUUUGCCCAGUAUCCAAGCAAAAUCAACGUAAUCAGGCAGAAAACCGUAUAUAUUUCAAAUCUUUGUGAUCUGGUUGAUUUAAGGAUCCUCUGUUCUUCCACUUACUUUUCAUGAAAUCUUUGUACAUCUACCUACAUUGCACAACGAUCAUUUCUAUUAGAGGUGUCAAAAUUGAGUUCAAUUUUACUAUAAAUAGAUUUUAAAAGUCAUCACCGACUUACCAACUUACCCGAUGUUGAUGAAACUUGAUAAAAUGGUAUUGGAUACCCUCCAUCCCCCCCCCCCCCCCCCCAAAAAAAAAAUGGUUCUAAUUUUCGCGAAAUAAUAAAACACUGAAACAAACGACAGUCAUGUAAUAAGGGAAAAAAACAAACAAGCAAACAAAAAAAAACAACAAAUAAUGAAAAAAAUAUAUAUAAAAUCACUCGAUAGGGACGAUUUGUACGUAAUGGCGUUCAUGUAUAUGUUAGUAACUAUACCUUCUGUGGUUAAAUUUGAGGCCCACUUUACCAUACUGUUUACGUUCUCGUUCUACUGUCUUCGUUUUCUGCCAGAUGUUACGGAACUUGAUACACUUCAUCAAAACAAUUAAACCUUGUGCAAGUAAACGUCUCGAUCUCCUCAGAGGACUUCGUUACGUCACUAUAAUGCAAUUGGCAUGAAACAUAAUUGACUUCUUUACAGCAAUCAACUCAUCUCAGAGUUCUCGGCAAGUCUGCUCAAAAAUGAGGUCGCUAUUGAUAUCAAUUUCUAUAUCAGCAAAAUUUAUUACAAAGUAAGAAAUUUAUCUUCAACUUUUUAUCUUAAAAUUGUAUGAAUAAAAGGUGAUGCAAUUAUAUAA